UGAAAAGUCGAUCGCGGCGGUUCCAAAAGUCGCAUCUGCGCAUGCUUUUCCCACCCUAAAUUUUCCGAUCAAGGAUCCUUCGUGUCAAACGUCAAUGUUCCAGCUAUUUUCGGUGCCGAAAGCGGUUUAAAGUGUCACAGCUUCCGGAAAGCUUGGGUUUGAGGCGUCGACUUCCUGAAAAGCUGAAAAUUUUACGGUUUGGAUUUUUCUUGGAUUCUCUGGUAUGGAAGCGAAGGGGCGGUUUACUCUGGGAAGACAAUCGUCGAUGGCGCCGGAACGUGAGAACGGAUCGGAAGCUGUUUGUGAUGACGUUGAAACUCCGGAAACGGUCGAGCGAACGGUUCGUCUCAUGUAUCUUGCGAAUGAAGGGGACUUGAAAGGGAUCGAGGAGCUUUUGGAUGCCGGAACUGACGUGAAUUUCACUGACAUCGAUGGACGGACGGCUCUGCACAUUGCUGCUUGCCAGGGUCGCACGGAUGUCAUCGAAUUGCUGCUCCGGAGGGGCGCAGUAGUCGAUCCGAAGGAUCGGUGGGGCAGCACGCCACUCGCAGAUGCAAUAUAUUACAAAAACCAUGAUGUGAUCAAGAUUUUGGAGAAGCAUGGUGCAAAGCCUCUGAUGGCUCGCAUGCAUGUUCAAAAUGCUCGUGAAGUCCCAGAAUAUGAGAUCGAUCCAAGUGAGCUUGAUUUUACUGACAGUGUUGAUAUAACGAAGGGAACCUUUCGAACUGCAUUUUGGAGGGGGAUCCAAGUUGCUGUGAAAAGGCUCAAUUUGGAUGUUAUUACUGAUGAGGAUACAGUGAGAGCAUUUAAUGAUGAGCUUGCAUUGCUUCAGAAAAUACGGCAUCCAAAUGUUGUCCAAUUUCUGGGCGCUGUAACUCAAAGUAGUCCAAUGAUGAUUGUCACCGAAUAUUUGCCCAAGGGUGAUCUUCGUGCAUUCUUGAAAAGGAAAGGAGCCCUGCGACCAGCAUUGGCUGUAAAAUUUGCACUUGAUAUUGCAAGGGGAAUGAACUAUUUGCACGAGAAUAAGCCUGAAGCUAUCAUUCACCGUGACCUGGAGCCUUCAAAUAUACUGCGGGAUGAUUCGGGGCAUCUGAAAGUUGCUGACUUUGGACUUAGCAAGUUGCUGAGAGUAGCAAACACCGUUAAAGAAGACCGACCUCUAACAUUUCAAGACAAUUCCUGUCGUUACAUGGCCCCGGAGGUUUUUCGAAAUGAAGAGUACAAUACUAAAGUCGACGUUUUUUCAUUUUCUAUGAUUCUUCAAGAGAUGAUUGAAGGAUCCCCACCAUUUUCAAUGAAGCAAGAAAAUGAGGUUCCAAAAGCAUAUGCUGCUAAGGAGCGUCCACCUUUUAGAGCCUCACAGAGGCUUUACCCUCGUGGAUUAAAAGAGUUGAUUGAGGUAUGCUGGAAUGAUAACCCAGCAAAGAGACCGACAUUCAGACAAAUAAUUGAUAGGCUUUCUGCCAUUGAUCACCACCUUGCGGAGAAAAAGCGUUGGAUGGUCAGACCACUAAAAUGUUUCCCGAAUCUUGAAGCCAUGUUUAAGAAAGGUCAUUCCAAUCCGAGCAGCCGAGAUGGAUCAUCUUGUUCUAGCAGCUCAAGGGUCCAGAGAACUUCACAAUGGUUUGGUUAGAGUAUCUUUCUAAGCCGUAGCAUGCUCUUAUUUAUGAAAUUUAUCAUUCUGCAUCCCCAUGUGUCCAUCCCGUUCUGAUUGAUGAUUUCUGCCCUCUUUCAACUUCAUGUACAUUUAUGUAAUCAUGGACGUGCCUUUUUAGUUGUAUAUUGUGUAGCUUAAGAAAAAUACGUGAGGUGAGGAAAAAAAAAGGAAAGAAAAAUGAUAAUGUUUCUAUUUUUUUUUUCUUUUGAGAGAGAAUAACAAAAUGAUAAUGUGGUGAAUGUAAUGAUAAAUAACUUUGGAAUGGUUCACUUUUUCACUAUUAUUAUUAUUUUUU